AAAAGGUCACAGGGAGCACCGGGAAGAUCACUGCAGUCGACUCGAGUCCCGUCUGUUUCAUCUGUAGUCUACAAAGCGGAGACACCAAAGAGAUCAAAAUGGCUUUCGCUAGUGUAGGACUGAAGGAUGCCGAUGUCGCUAAAGCCCUGGAAGGUUGCAAAGACGCCGGCAAAUUCAACCACAAGACGUUCUUCCAAGCAUGCGGUCUGGCCAGCAAGUCUGCCGAAGAGGUCAAGAAGGCCUUCUUCAUCGUUGACCAGGACAAGAGUGGCUUCAUUGAGGAGGAGGAGCUGAAGCUGUUCCUGCAGACCUUCAAGGCAGGCGCACGCGCACUGACCGACGCCGAGACCAAGGACUUCCUGAAGGCCGGCGACCUCGAUGGCGACGGCAUGAUUGGCGCUGACGAGUUCAUCGCCAUGGUUAAAAAAUAAAGUGGCAACUGACCAACAAGUGAUGCAACAACAAAGCCCACGUCAACCUCCUCCCGUUUUCAUCGGAAUAUAACUCAUUUUUUAUACAUUUGCAAAAGAGAUGUUUCCUCUUAUGCAACACAUUGUCCGAAAAUGAUGAUUGUGAAUGUCGCUCGGCUGUGUUCAUGUCUUAAAUAUGAAUUUUGCUUACUGUAAAAUCUAUGAUGCACUUUCCAGGUUAAAAAAUGGUACAAAAAUAAUAAUAAAUAUUAUUUUGCUGCGGUCUUAUUGGGCUUUCA